AACUAUCUAUAUAUUCUUAACAAAUUUCUUAUUAUAUAUAUUUAUUAAUGAAAUACUCAACGUCCAUCCCGUAUAAAAUAUUUUUUUUAAAAAAGGAUCUAAAAUUACAUGUCACUCCAUCACGUGUCAAUCACGUGACACCCCCUUACCCCUACACCACCAAUAUUAUCAAUAUAUCAAAACUCUCACCAUCUUUGAUGAAAUUCACUUUGUUUUUUUUCCAAGAAUGAACAACCUUAGCCUUGACAAAACCUUAACAUCCAACCCCUUCUUGUCUGUUUCAUCUUUACACCAUUCAAGAAUCUCAAAAUCCAUUUGUUUACCCAAAAAAGUUAUUGUUUUUGCAUGUAAAAAUGAUAAUUCAAGCUCAAUAACUAGUGGGUUUUUGUCAAGAACUCAUUUUUCAUCCAAAAAAGCUUGUGUUUUUGCAUGUAAAAAUGAUAAUUCAAGCUUAAUAUCAAGUGGGGUUUUGCCAAGAACUCAUUUUUCCUCAAGAAAAUCCAAGAAAGUUAGUUUUUUUGCUUGCAAAAAUGAUAAUUCAAGUGGAGUUUUGUACAAAAAUUUCAAGAAAGUUGGUGUUUUUGCUAGUAAUGAUGAUAAUUCAAGUGAAAUGGCAAGUGGGGUUUUGUCAAGAACUGUUUUUUACUCAAGAAAGACAAGGAAAGUUGCUGUUUUUGCUUCUAAAGAAGAUAGGAAUAGUGAUAAUAAGCUUGACCAAUGGGACCAAAUGGAGCUCAAGUUUGGUAGAUUGAUUGGUGAAGACCCAAAAUUGACCUUAGCUAAGAUAAUUAGCAGGAAAACAAACCCGGAGACAUCUUAUCUCGAAAUUGAAAAGUCAUUUGGCAAGAAGAAGGGCAAAACAUCCGGUGAAAUUGUGGAGGUUCCUUUUGAUGCAUCCAAGGAAAAGAAGUCUCUCAAUUCAUCAAACGGAUUAAAUUUGGUUCGUCCUGUGCCCAAGAAGGGUGUUAAGUUCGAGGUUGAUGAUAAACCGCUAAAGACUGAGGGUGAUAAACUAAGCCAACCAAUUUCAAGACCUGCAGUAAGUAGAAAGAGUAAUGUUCCAAACGUUAUAUUGCGGAAACCAAGUGUGUAUUCCGAGGAGGAUGAAUCAUCAAGAUACAAAAUUAAGCCAAACUUGACGCUGAAAAUGGGCAAAGAACUGAAACGUGAGAGGUUUAGUGAUGUUACACUGUUGAAGAAGCCGGAGCCAAUGAGGAUCAGCUCCGACGAUAGUGAAAAGAAUGGACAGUCAAGCAAUGAGUCUAGUGAUGUUACAUUGUUGAAGAAGCCGGAGCAGAUGAGAAUCAACUCCGACAAUAAUCAAAAGAAUGGACAAUCAAGCGAUGUCUUACCUGUAGCUAGUGAUGACACUGUAGAUGCUAGUCUGACAGAGGCGUAUGCAUCAACUAGUGAAUCCAAAAACAGUUUGCUUCUGAAUAAGCCAGAGCCUAGUAAUUUAGAUCUAAAGAUCGAUCCAAAUCAAGAAUCUUCCGAGGAUCAGCGUACUAGUAUUUUGGACGAAAGUACUUUGAAUGCUGCUAACUCAUCUUCUGAGCGUAUAAAUAUAGCAGAAAAUAAACUCCCCCAACCGUUAAAACCUAGCAGAAGCAGUCCUCUUGAGGAGCAAGGUUCUAGGACAGGAUUCCAGCAGACUGAUACAGAGCCUGCCGAGAGAAGUUCUGAUUCCAGUAGACCUUCUGAGACUGGAACACUGAGGUCUUUGGAUGCUGCUCUUCUUGGAAAGCCGAAGAGAUUAGACCAACCUAUAAAGGCAACAUCAAGUGUUAGUCCAGAGGAUAUGCGUCCUGCCAAAUCUGAGGGCUACGGAAUUACUUCGGAGAUUGAAAACUUCCUGACAAAAUCACCUAUUAAGGAACAUGAAGAUAAUGACUGGAUAAGAGCUGAACUGCUAGUUAAGAGUGGAGUAAAAGAGGACGUAGAACUAGUCAGCUGUAGCACCAGAGGGUUUGUUGUAUCUUUUGGUUCCUUGAUAGGAUUUUUGCCAUACCGCAAUCUUGCAGCCAGGUGGAAAUUCUCAGCUUUUGAAUCUUGGUUGAGGAGAAAAGGUGUAGACCCAUCCCUGUACAAGCAAGGUUUGGGUAUCAUUGGAGGCAAUGAUGGUUUUGGCAAAGUAGCUUCUCCUGAGGCAGGCGUAGAUCCACAAAUUGCUAAAAAUGCCGAUGAGGAGAUCUCGCCAGAUAUGAAACUUGAAGAUCUUCUCAGGAUCUAUGACCAAGAGAAACUCAAGUUCUUAUCAUCAUUUGUUGGUCAGAGGAUCAGAGUAAGUGUGGUGUUGGCUGACAGAAAUACCAGAAGGCUAAUAGUCUCGAUAAAGGCAAAAGAAAAGGAAGAAUUGGUUGAGAAGAAGAGGAGUCUUAUGGCAAAACUUCAAGUUGGGGACGUGGUAAAAUGUUGCAUACAAAAGAUUACCUAUUUUGGUAUAUUUGUCGAGGUUGAAGGAGUGCGUGCACUAAUUCACCAGUCAGAAGUCUCAUGGGAUGCCACUUUAGACCCUACGUCAUAUUUUAAAAUCGGUCAGGUUGUGGAGGCAAAAGUUCACCAGUUAGACUUUUCACUUGAGCGCAUCUUUUUGUCAUUGAAAGAAAUAACGCCAGAUCCCAUGAUGGAGGCCUUGGAGGCUGUAGUUGGUGAUCAUGAUAAUUUGAAUGGAGAACUCCAAGCAGCUGAGCUAGAUACUCAGUGGCCCGACGUGGAAUCACUUAUCAAAGAAUUACAGCAGUUCAAGGGUAUCUCCUCGGUGUCAAAAGGGCGGUACUUCUUGAGCCCUGGUUUGGCUCCAACAUUUCAGGUUUAUAUGGCGUCCAUGUUUGAGAAUCAGUACAAGUUACUUGCUCGGUCAGGAAAUAGAGUACAAGAGGUGAUAGUUGAAACGUCAUUGAGUAAAGAGGAAAUGAAGUCUGCAAUUCAAUCCUGUACAAACAAAGUCGAAUAACCAAUCGAAACAUAAUAACAAAUGAUAUGAAGAAAGCGACCAGUCAUUCCGCGGAGGCAGCAAACGGAUGGUAAGGCGUUGAAACUGAAUGCGCAGAAGCGGAGAAAAGAAAUGAGUUUAUCGUGAAAUGGUAUCGAUUUAGUGUUUAGACCUGGAUAUCGAUGAGUUAGGAGCUUUGUUUACUGUCUAGGAAGUGUUUUAUGUUUAUACAUUCGAUGUAACAUAUUAUCGAUCAAUCAAUCAAUCAAUUACGCUUCAACCA